AUGAGCCUCGAAUCCCUGCAGCAGGGAAAUCUCAGCAGCCGCACCGCGUUCCUUCUCUUGGGUUUUUCUGGUGCCUACAGAGCACAAGUGACCCUCUGCCUGUGUUUCUCACUCAUUUACCUGGUGACAUUGCUGGGGAACCUGCUCAUCAUGACCCUCGUCUGGCUGGACACCCACUUGCACUCCCCCAUGUAUUUCUUCCUGGGCCACCUCUCCUUCCUGGACAUCUGCUACUCCUCUGUCACUCUCCCUAAGAUCCUUCAAGACUCCUUCUCACUGCAGAAGACUAUCUCCUUUGUGGGCUGCAUCACACAGAUCUACUUCUUCCUUUGCUUUGGGGGCUCCGAGUGCGUGCUCCUGGCUGCCAUGGCCUAUGAUCGGUACCUGGCCAUCUGCCACCCUCUCCGCUACCCAGCACUCAUGAGCAAGAAGAUGUGUCAUUGCUUAGUGGUUGUUUCAUGGCUGAGUGGCUCCUUCUCGUCUCUGAUCCAGUCCUUCCUCACAGCCCACUUGCCCUUCUGUGGGUCCAACGUGAUUGACCACUUGUUCUGUGAGAUGCCCUUCUUGCUGAAGGCAUCCUGCAGCCCCAACGCUCCCCUCAACAAGGCCAUCUUGUACUCUUUGGCUGGGACCAUUGCGAUGGGCUCUUUCCUCCUUACUCUCGUGUCCUACGUUCACAUCAUCGGGGUUGUCCUGCGGAAGGGCGCAGGGACACAGAGGGUCUUCACCACCUGUGCCUCCCACCUGACCGUGGUGUCCCUGUUCUUUGGCACCGGGGCCAUUGCGUACCUGGUGCCUCACUCCAGUGGCUCCAAGGCGAUGGAUGAGAUCUUUGCCCUGCUCUACGCCAUCAUGACCCCCAUGCUCAACCCCAUCAUCUACAGCUUGAGGAACAGCGAGGUCAAAGAGGCCAUCAGGAAAGCUCUGCACAGGGGGGUGUUACAGAUGUCCACCAAGGGUGUAGGCAUCACCAUUGAGCAACCCCUACCUUCCCCAUGGCAGGGAUGUGGCUCUCAGUGA